GACAAGUUUCUCGGUUUUGGGAUUUUACGUUUUAACUUUACAAAACAGGAUUAAACCGAAAUUGAACCGUACAAAACCUGUGCUUAAUACCGUCAUCUCAAAUAUUGAACCGUAAUAAAUCGACAACAAUAUAAAAUUGAUUUUGGUUCACUAAGAGGACCAGACUUUUCUCUCGGACUUGAGACACUGGAGAGACUGAAUACGACCAUGUCCUCUUCGCUCCAUUGCUCGGGUAAACUUUUAACAAGGGUUCGAAAUCGAAUACACGAAUAUCUCGGUUUGUUCAAUUACUGAAACCAAUCGAAUUUUUUAAUCUGUUUCGAUUUUCUAGUUUUAGCAUUUCCGGUUUAGUUCGAUUUAAAUUAUUCGGUUACCGUUUUUGUUUAGAAUCACAGAAAAAGGUGAGAUUAAGGAGGAGCGAAACAUGACGAAUCCACUUAAUUCCACCGCCGCUAAUCGCUCUAACCAGCCGUCUUCUGAUGGAAUCAGCGACGGUCAAAUCACCAAUGAGGAAGCUGAAUCACUAAUUAACAAGAAGAACUGUUCAGGGCACAAGCUAAAAGAAGUAACUGAUAGUGACACAUUCUCUGACAAUGGUAAAGAUGAUUCAGAUACCAAGAAAAGAUUCCAUUACCAUCAGGAUCAGCGGAGGAUGAGUUUGACAUCGAUUGUGGCGGUGGAGUCUCCUUCAUCGAGCAACGCUCCCUCUAGAAAAACCAUUGAUCUUGGCCAUGGAAGCGACCUCAUUUACAUUCAGAGGUUUCUUCCAUUUCAACAAUCUUGGACUUUCUUCGAUUAUCUCGACAAGCAUAUUCCUUGGACCAGGCCUACUAUUCGUGUCUUUGGUCGAUCUUGCCUCCAGCCGAGAGAUACUUGUUAUGUUGCAAGUAGCGGAUUGACUGCGUUGGUGUACAGUGGAUAUCGACCUACCUCCUAUUCGUGGGAUGAUUUCCCACCUCUCAAGGAGAUUCUGGAUGCUAUUUACAAGGUGCUUCCUGGAAGCAGAUUCAACAGCUUGCUCUUAAAUAGAUACAAAGGUGCCAGUGAUUAUGUGGCUUGGCAUGCAGAUGAUGAAAAGAUUUAUGGUCCAACUCCAGAAAUUGCUUCAGUCUCGUUUGGAUGUGAACGUGAUUUUGUGUUGAAGAAAAAGAAAGAUGAAGAAUCUUCCCAAGGGAAAACAGGAGACAGUGGACCAGCUAAGAAGAGGUUAAAGAGAAGCAGCAGAGAGGAUCAACAAAGUUUGACAUUGAAACAUGGAUCGUUGCUGGUGAUGAGAGGAUACACUCAAAGAGACUGGAUUCAUUCUGUGCCAAAGCGUGCAAAGGCAGAGGGCACUCGUAUCAACCUCACAUUCAGGCUUGUUUUGUAAAUUGAGCAUCAUAUGCAAGAAGGUGGGCUUGAUCUUGGUCUCCAUUGACAUAUUCUAAGCUUCUCAUCUUAAUUCUCUAUAAACAUCAAUUGGUGUAGACAUUUCAAGAAGCAAAUUGGACGGGAAGAUUGAUAAGGAAGAGUGGCAAAGUCUUGUCUUGUGUAGUCCCUCUCUUAAACAACAUGACGCUUUAACAUCCUUGUCCCCUAGAGAAAUGACUUGAUCAAGUGCAAAUAUCACUCACAAUCAGCCAUACCAAUCCCUGUUCAUCUAAAGACAUGGUAGACUCAUCUAGCUAGAAACAUGAAGUGUGCAUAAUUCACUAGUGUAGAUCUUGCAUCCACACUCACCCUUCAUACUUGUUUUGCAAACCGAGCAUCAUAGAGUCGUAGACAAGGUGGGCUUGAUAUUCAUUGACCUUUGAAUAGGCUUUACGCAACCUUUUUUGGUAUUUGG